AUGCCACUAUCACCACGGUGCAGUCCCGCGCCGUGUCGUAGCUUAACUGCGCAUGCACCAAGGUCUGUUUGUGCUACACUGCGCUCCCCACACGUUGCGACGCCAUUCCUGUCAGAGAAAAAAUGCCUUGUCAAGGGCACGAACUAUGGAAGCGAGAGUGCUCACGCGGUGAGGCCCAUGUGUAGUGAGAGUCUUACCACGGGAGGAAGCAUCUCUGGUCGCAACGACAUCCUGAGUCAGAGUAUGCCAAUGGAAUGUUCUCGAAUCUCCGUCACUUCGUUACGCAAUGAGCUUCCAAAAGCAUCAAAAUGCACUCUGGAGCGCAGUCAUUCAUCUCGGUCAUCCAUAUUGCCCUCGGCGCGGCCGCGUGCUGGAUUUCGACGAGGCCUUGCUAAGGCUCCCUGCACUGCUGACAAAUUCUUUAUUCCGCCAGUACGCGCCGCUGAUGAGGGAAAACUAGUGGUUGUUCUUGACCUCGAUGAGACGCUUGUAUACGCACGUACCGGUGUGAUUAUUCCGCGUCCUGGAAUAAACCGACUUCUUGACGUGUUGCGUGGACGCUGCGAAGUGGUCGUCUGGACUGCGGGGGAAAAGUGGUACGCCAUGGAGGUAUUGCACCAGAUAGAUCCUCAGUGCUGCAUCCAACACUGCGUCUAUCGUCAUGAAAAGUGGUGGACUGAUAGACCUGGUUAUAUGAAGGACGUGGCAGCGUUGGGUCGUCCACUCCACCGGACGAUUAUCAUCGACAACACACCCGAUUGUUUGCGGGCAAAUACCCGAAAUGGGCUUCUAGUCAAGGAUUUUAAGGGCCUAUAUGGGGGGUGCCAAAGGUUUGACAACACUCUCUUUGUUCUUGCAGACGUCAUUGAAGACGUUUUGAGUGGCUCAAAGGUCUCCAUUGACGCCUUCCACAACCACCCGGAUCUUCAACGUCGUUUUGUUCAGUGCGACACAGGCGGCGCCAUUGAGGUUCUUACGCUUAAACAAGACAACUUUGCUCACUGUGACCCUCCAAGACGCCACCGUGUGACAUCCUUACGAGUACCAAAGUAUCAUCUGUGGCGUCAUCUGCUUGGAAUGUAA